AUGUUAUUAUUAGUUGUUUUGUUAAUACUCUACACAGUUUAUGGAAAAGGUAAGUAGUUACACAUUUAAUUUUUGAUUAAACCUGAUAUUGGAUUGAUGAUAUCUUUGACUUAAACUUAUGGUAUUUAAAACUAUGCUUUAUUAAUUAGCUUUUUUACAAAAUUUGUUUUAGAAUGUUCACAUAAAAGUUAUUUCAUAGAGCACAAAUCGGUAGUUGAAGGACGAAACAUAGCCACAUUUCCAGCAAGCAGUGUUGAUGAAUGUGCUCAGAAAUGCUCUUUAGUAAGUUGGUUUUAAGUUUUUUUUUUAAAUUUUAUAAAACCAAAAUUUCAAAUUUUAAAUUUUUUAAAAAUUUUCGCCGCAAUUUUAAAUAUCUUCUGUAAAAAUUCAAACUUUUCUAGACCUCCAACUGUGAUGCCGCCAACUUUUUGUUGAACCCAGAAGACCACUCGAUAUGCAUGUUAGUGAACUCUUCUGAAGCUUCUGGAGACUCUUUGACUCCACUAGCAGCUUCUGUCGUUUAUUCGUUGCGACAGUUUUGUACAGAGACAAAAGAUGCUUGUGUUCCACGACAAUGGUCAUUUGAGAAACAUCAUGGCUAUGACACUUUAGAUGAGACAUACAUUUUGGGCGAAAUUUCAAAUGUCACAUUGGAACAGUGCUUGAAUUCGUGCUUAAGGUCGUAAGUUAACCUUUUUUUAUUAUAAAGUUCACAUAAUUCUGUGCUUUUUCUCAAAGCACCUUUUUGGACGUAGGGGGCACAGAAUUAUUUGAACAGCUUCAUAUAAACAAGAAAUGUGUUUAAUAUUUCUUUAGAGUAGCAUUAGUUGUUUUUAAAAAAUUUUUACAGAAAGCAAUGUGAAGCCUCGUUAUACGACAAAAAGUCAAAACAAUGCCGGUUGUCGAAGGUAACAUUGAAUAAUGUCAACAGUAUAAAACAACAUUUUGCUUACUCUGAGCGUGUCGACCUUUAUGAGAGCAAUUGUGUUAAACGUAAGUUAAGAAAAACUUUUUAUAGCUUUAA